AUGGUAUUCUUAUCCCGACAAGCCCCGCGACGGACCUUCUUUGGCAUCCUGCAGAAGCCCCCGAGACAGGUCAAGAAUCCAGAGUAUGAGCCUGGGUGGCCGACGGUCCUGAUAUGGAGGAAUAACCUCUUGGAGAGUGUACGGCCGCCUUCAAGGACGGAACUGGUUGAAGCGUUUCGGGAAAUGUUCACGUACAAGCUGCGCUGCAAUGUUGUUGUCAACAGCACACAAGCGAUGCACUGCCGGAACCUACUGAGAUACCUGGUCGAAAAUAAGGACGACGAGCCGGGACCAGGGUUAACAUUGGCGGACCUGACAGCUACCCGUGAUGCCUUGUUGAAAUUGCCAAAGGAAGAUACAGCAGAUCACCUGGAGUUCUCCAGGCUCUUAUACGAUGUGAUCAAGGAGGAAAGGGCAUUGGACCCAACAGAUCCUGGUGCCGCGGAUGACUUCGAGGCUUAUCUCAUUGCUCUGACGCUCUUUGGCGCCUCUACUGAAGCCUUCUCUACUUUGCAGCAACACUGGACUCAGCUGCCGGAGGCGGAGCGACCGAACGCCCAGAACCUUUGGAUCAACGUCCUGCAAGGCCUGGCGGAAGAAGGACGUGAGGCAGAGCUACUUGCCGCUGCCACAAAGGCUGAAGAGCUUGGGGUGCCUUUUACAUCAAGCUUUCACGAGGUCAUGACAACCUUCUAUGCCAAGAAGAAUAACGUUUUGGAAACAAAAAAGUGGUUUUUGAGACCGGCUGUGGACGACAAACUGCAGAGCCCUAGGACUUUCAAAGAGAUUCUGCACUUCUCAGUCAGAAAUAACCAAGGUGGCUGGUCUGCGCCGAUCUUCAAGAAGCUUAUCGACGAGAACCCGAGCAAAGAGCAUUGGGACGUCAUCUAUCAGUGGGCCGUACUAUCGAUGGGGAAAGGUCUUGAUGAUAUCAAGGGCAUGUUCGAAGUCGUUGCUCGCCACAACCCCAAUGACAGCUCUCACCUGCCAGACAUACAAACCAUCAAUGGUCUCCUGGAGGUUGCAAUCGAGAAGAAUGACCCGUACCUGGCGGAAAGACUCAUCUCAUUCUCCAGCGAGCUCGGCAUUCGGCCUGAUGCGAAGACGUAUCUUCUCCAGAUGGACUUCAAGAUCCGGGCAAAAGACCUGACCGGGGCAAAGACGGCAUACAUGCAGCUCCCAAAGGCAGAGCUCAACGGAGAGGAGGACCUGCCUCUAGUCAACAAAUACCUACAGGCGUUAUGUUACCAGACCAAACUGGAUUUCAAGGCGAUACGCGAGAUGUUGGAUAUUCUAGAGGAGCGCAUCGUAACACUGGAUCCAGAGACAGUGGUUGCAUUGUGCACUGUCUUCCUGAAAAACGACCAACAGUUUGAGAUCAUCGACACCCUCUCGCUCAACGUAUUUCAGCACAGCAACGAACAACGGCGAUCUGUCAGAGACGCCUUUGUGACGUUCUGUUUAGACAAGAAGAACAGCACCGCAAGGGUCUGGGACGCCUAUGCUAUCUUGCGUCAGUUCUUCCAGGAAACCAGCGUCGAGAGCCGUAUGAGGCUUAUGGAUGGGUUUUUCGACCGCAACCGAGCUGACAUGGCAGUUCACGUCUUUGGCCACAUGCGUCAGCAUGUCAGCCCGGCAUUCCACCCCACCAGCGACAACUACGUGCAAUGCCUCGAAGGCAUGGGCCGGUGUCCCGACCUGGAUAGCCUCAGGUUGGUCCAUAACAUGCUGAAGAUGGACACCAAGAUUCAAACAAGCACCAAGAUGUUUAACGCCUUGAUGAUUGCAUACGGGGCAUGCCGAAAGCCAAGCAUUGGACUUGAGUUCUGGCAGGAAAUUGUUCGUUCAGCUGAAGGCCCAUCAUACAACAGUCUCGAGAUUGUGUUUUAUCUCUGUGAAAUCAAAGCCUUUGGUGACCAGAUUGCGCGAGACAUCUGGAAGAAGAUGGAAAAGAUGGAGAUCGACGUCCCUCCAGCGGUGUUUGCCGCCUACUGCGGAGGCCUUGCAGGCAAUGGUAACCUGCAGGAGGUGCAGAGCACAAUCAGGACCAUGAAGCGAGCUGUAGGGUAUGGGCCCGAUGCGAUGACACUGGGCAUCCCUUUCAACGCAUUACCUGGCCAAAGGCUGCAGCGUGACUUCGAGGCAUGGGCAAAGAAGCAGUUCCCGGAAGAAUGGGCCGAGGUCGAAAAGUUCCGCUACUAUCACACGGCGGAGAAGUUGAAGAAGUUCAAGCUGCAGCGGGUACUAAAGGCAUGA